GGGGCAUUUCUUAAGAGCGAGUAGAAAUUAGAAAAAUAAAAUGGUUCCCCUCAGCAGGCAUGACGUAUGGAAUAAUUGAACUAUUAUCUAUGCAAUCAGGAUUUCCCCCAAACUAUGUUGUAUCCUCGCAUGGGAUAAUAUUUUUUGUCUUGAUUUCCCUUUUAUUUACCAUGGAUCAGCUCAAUACCAGCUGUUUAAAACUAACUUCCUUUAUAUGGGAUAAAUAAUUUGUUUGCUGUGUAUCGGUAAUUUUUAACGGUAUAUUAUUGGACUCGGUUUUGGGUGAUUAUUCAUUUUUGGAGCUGCCAAGCCAAGGCAGACAUUUUCCAUUUGUGUAACCUUGUGCUUGCCUGGGGAAAUCUCUCAAGGGGAGCCCGACGACACCUAAUAAGGUAGCUAGCGAGAUAGCUUAGCCACUUAUUUAAUUUAGUGAAGUUGCCAUCACUACAGUGUUGCCCUUUUCGAUAACUAGUAUCAGUUUUAGCCAUUGUAGGAGUACUAUAGGAAGCGAUAGGAGUACCGUGCAUAACUUGAGAAGGAGGGUUUUAUGUCGAAGGCACAGCAGAAUUUCCCGAACCCGUUUAACUUUCGCUGUGAGCUGUCACUGUCUGGUCCGUGUGGAUUGCACUCAGGUGGAGAAAGACAAGGAGGAAAAGAGGUAACUUCCUUCUUACCCUGUUUUCCCCCCUGCAAACCCAUGUGUCAGUGAGGCCGAACGAGACCUUUACUGUGCGGAUGGUCCAUCAGUGGUCUAGAACAGAAGCCCGGCUUGUCGGUGUGUUCGGUCUGCGACUGCUGAACACACUGCCUGCCUGAAAAACCCUGAGCACCACAGUGUUGGGUAUGCCUCAGCCGGGGUUAAAUGGGAUGGAGCCUGUGUUCGGCGAGGCCUACGGGACCCACCGAUCCCUCUGGUCCUCAUACCCGUCAGCUUUCUCCCCACAGGGGGGCGCCACUGAGUAUGACGAGGGUGUGGUCCUGAUGCUGGGGUCCCCGGCGUUGCCUCGGAAACGUCCCUUCGAGCUGCUUAGCGACCUGGUGGACGAUGGCUUCAGCGAGGACCUCCACCACGAGUUCUGGGACAUCUCAGCUCUGGACGACCUCACGCGCUACUCCAAGGGGAACUUGGAGGGGGACCUGGCAAACUCGGAGGGCAUGCUGAUGGCUCGGUGGAGCAGCAGGGAGGAGUUGACCGUGCCGGAGACCAUGCCCGCUGGGUCAGAUGCGGGGCCCGCUGGGCGGGAGUCACCGUCGAUGGCGGCGGCGGCGGAGGGAGAGGUCCGGUGCCGAGAGGUCGCCGAGGUCCCCGUCGUGGCGGAGGUUUACCAGACGCCGCCGGAGGCCGGUUCCGCCUCUCCGGGCUCCGGCCUGGAGCUCCGAUGCGAGGAGCACAACUACUCCCUCCAGGCCGACCGGCACUCCGCUUCCAGCCAGGGGUCGGACAGCGAGACACCCGACACCGAGGAGGAGGAGGAGGAGGAAGAGGAGGGCCCUGAGGAAGGCGAAGAGGCUGGGGACAGCACCUCCUCAGGAGCUGAGUGUGAGCCCGAGCCCGAACCCGAGCCGGAGCCCGAGCCGGAGCCCGUCAGCCAAGCCGAGCCCUGCAGGAGGCCCCAGAAGCGCCGGUGCUUCUGGGAAUACAACCACGGCCACGGCCACGGUCACGGCCAGGAGGCGGGGCCGAAGAAGGGGGGCUUCAGGUGGCCGCUGUCCUGGAGCUCCAGCACUCUGCCGAGCAGCUUGUACAGGAGGGAGGGCAAGAAGGGUCGGCGCAAGGCCCGGAAAACGGACGCCAGCGACCUGACGCCGAACCCGCAGAAGCUGCGCAACAUCGGCGAGCAGCUGACCAAGCUCAACGCCGCCAUCGACGGGAUGAGGCACGUCAACGACCUGCCCGUGGUGGCCCGGGCCCGGUCCCGAAAGGAGAAGAACAAACUGGCCUCCAGGGCCUGUCGCCUUAAGAAGAAAGCGCAGCACGAAGCCAACAAGAUCAAGCUGUGGGGGCUGAACCAGGAGUACGACAACCUGCUGGGGGCGCUGUUGCGUAUCAAGGACAUGAUACGGCAAAGAGUGGAGAGCGGCGAGGUGGACAGCGAGCAGGGGAUGACCGAGAAGCUGGAGAGCCUGCUGAAGGAGUCUGCCGGUCCGCUGGUGGCUGGACGGACCAAGGACUUCGUGGAGAGAAUUUUGGAGUGCAGUGCUGCUGGCCAGGGGCAAAAGGGACCCCAGGAACAGGGGCAGUCGGUGUGACCCUGCCUGCCUCUUCUUCCUCCAUCUAUCUAUCCAUCCAUCCAUCCAUCCACUCUUCCUUUCCCUCUCACUCCAACUUCUCACCUCCUCUUGUCCACUCUCACAUGGGAGGGAGGGGAGGGGGUUAGAGACACUGUCUGAUAGAAAUAUUUUUAGUAUUUCCCCCCACCCCCCUCUGAAUUGUGUUUUCCCCUAAACUUCAGUAGCAGUAGGUAAUCUUCUGAGGGUGCUCACUGCAAGCUAGCUGCUACAGUCUCUGUGUGCGUUAGUGUGUGUCGCGUGUGAGCGAGCGCGCCAUUGCCCGUGUCCGCGCGGGGUGCGCGUGUGUGCGCGUGCGUGCGUGUGUGUGUGUGUGCCAGAUUUAUCUCUCCCGAUACUGAGUAUUUUUAUCCUAUUGUGCCUAAAAAUAGACACUGCACUGCUCGUUGUAGCUGUUGGCUGAGAUGGAAGGGGUUUGAUAUGGAGGAUGUGCAGCAGCAGGAAAUUGAGCAGCCGGGGAGAGGGGAAUCGCUGGGACUGGAACAUUUUUUUUUUUUUUUUAAAUCGGUGCUUCUGUCAAGAGGGCACAAAGAAGCACUUUGUCUGCACGCUCGCGUUGGAGAGCUGCGAAAUACGCUAGCGCGCGCACGCUGGCGUAUUUGAUCGCAUUCAGUUCGUUUUUUUUUAAUUGGGGGGGGGGGGGGUACCAAUGGGUCAUGCCCCUGCGUUAUGGAUAGGAGCAGAGGGGCGCUGCACAUCGCCGAUAUCGGCCCUUCGUCGGCCAAGGGAUAUGUUUUCCAUGCCUAUUGUAUGCCUUUCUGUUAAAACUGUGGUGAACUAAUGUGAACUCGAAAAAGAGUACUCGUACUGGAAUGUCGAAAAUGUGAAGAGGUCUCUCUGUGCCGUUCUGAAGAAGGCCCGGCGGUUGGCUGAGGGCUCGACGGCCCACGCUAGCGCAGAUCAGACGCCGAGAGGAAGAGGCUGGGUCCGCAGUAUUCUAUUGGUGAAGCACCGCGGAACGUUUUGUAGAAGGGGCUGCUGGGAGGUGGAGUCAAAUGCACUUCAAAAUCCCAAGCUCUGGGCCGUGUCCGAAUCAGCGCAAUAGCCUGCUAUUGAGUGUACUUGUUGAGUACACUGCAUGAGAGGGUUGUAAGGUGGCAAAACUCUCAAUGUAGUGUACUUAAAAUCCUGGGAUGAUAUACUCAUUUUUGUGGUUUCGCUGAGUAUAUUAGGGAGCAUAGUUUUCAGAAAAUAAACAACCAUUUUUGUCUCCUAAAUAUGACGCGCAGCUCCACUGACGUUCUCCUUAAGUGACAUCAGCGAUGACACGAGUAUGGCUGUACGAGGGUGGAACGUCUUAGGACAUUUCCAAAGUGCAGUUGGAAAGUAUGGAGGAUCAUUUUUUCAUAUUGCCCAUUGCGUACUAAACCAUAUGCAGUAGACAGUAAAUACUUUGAGGACACAGUAGUUAGGAGGCUGAUUCGGACACAGCCCUGGACUUCACCUCCCAGUAUGCACUCUGUGAAAUGUUUUGUGCUGCCCCGCCUUUUGGAUACCCCUCCUAGGCAUUUGAUCUUGCCCUCAAGACACCAAAGAGCAUUAGGCCCAGAUUUAGUCUAACCGCAACGCACUUCAAUUUUCAAAUUUGAACUAUUGCACCUGCGUCUUUUGACUCCUUGAUUGCACAACCUGACCGCAUCGAUGAUGAUGUGUGUGGAUUCAGAAAAAGUGCUACAAGCUUUUACUGAAUCUGUUUUGUAAAUGAAGACAAAGUGCACUGCACUCAAAUCUGGGCAUUGGUGCUGAGGUUACUGAUCAAGGUUUUUGGACUUAAAAAAGAUAACCAUAGUUGACCUUGGUCUCGGCCUCUGACUUUAGGGAACCAAGAGCAAAAUCUGUUGAUAAAGUAAGGACAGUGUUACGCUGGCGGUCUGGAUAUUUGUUCACAGAGAGUACAAGAAACGGGGGAGGGGGCUGAGAUUGUAAUGAGGAAAUACUGUAGCUACAAAGACAUCGGACACAAACAGGGUCACGGACCCCUGUCUCGAUAAUCUGUUAAUGUCGCGAGCGCGCGGUAUUUUUUCCACCGUCGCAGGCCGGCGUGUUGUCAUGGCGCUCUCUCCACGAUGCCUUUCUGAAGUGCCUGGAGUUUAAAGCCAUGCCGACGGAUGUGAUUCGAUCAUGCCAGAGGCGGCGGCUUUUUGCCUAGCAGCUGGAUUGUUGGUGGGGAGGGGGGGAACCAACGCGUCUGGAGUAACAGCAUACCGGCUGUGGGGGAAAUUAAGCAUAUUCCAGUGUCAAUGGAACUGAAAAGUAAAGGAAAAAUAACGGAGCUUCUUACUGGUACACAUUGCCACUUCAUCGACGAGCAAUAUUGUUAAGUGUGUUCUCUGGAUUAAACCAGACUAAAAAAAAAACUGAAUUUGUGAUGGAAAAAUGUGAUACCAAAGACCGCUGUCCCAAGGAAAAUAAUAACAAAAGAAAAUGCGUUAAAAUGUUAGAUUCUUCUGCUGGUGCACUAGACCAUGAUGUCCAAAAAAAAAAUGCUGCCCAAAAUGCUGAAAUUUUGUACUUCAUUUGAUAUCAUGCACAAUUGCCUGUCAAACGUGUGUUCUGAUUUAAAUCUAAAUGCUAUAAUGUCUAAACUGUUGGGGCGAAACGGUCACUUGGGUAAUUUCCAUUUACCCAGACAAAAUGUAUUCAUUCUUUUGUGACCCGAUGCCAUGGAAGUUAUAUGAUUUGCAAGCAAAUGCACUAAACAUUGCGACUUCUUAAAAUGUUUGCAAAUCGUGUAUUUUCAAUGCUGCCAAAGCGUCGACGACGACGAUGAUGAUGGUGAAUUGCGUUUAUAUGGCGCGUUUCAUCGCUAUCGAGGAAAACGUGAAAGGGAGUGGCGGGGGAGGGGGUGCAGGUGUGAGACUCGCACCAACCCUCACAACUAAGUGCUGAAUUGUUACACCGAAUGACUAGUUUUUAUACCGAAUGACUCCACAGCGCUUUGCUUGUAACUGCCUGGGUAUUUACAGGGUUAAUGUACAGGGGGAGCCGCUCCUGCUGCCAUUGCCGAGCGUAACAUAAACCUCGUGUUUACAUUCCUUUCUUCCAACACAGACGCUUAAAAUACCCUCGCCUUGCGUUCUAUUUACUCGAGGGACAGAGCGCGGAAAGGUGAAAACAUCUCGGAGAAAUAUUUCACAGCACACUGCAACGUGCGCGUUUCAGUUUUUUUAUUUUUUUUAUUUUUUUAUUUAGUUAACUGCGGCCCUGCCGUAAUAGAGGUCGAGAAAAACACACGAGUGAGAUCCGUCCUGGGAGCUGUGUAAAAAAAAAAAAAAAAAACUACGCCAUUAAAAACGAGGCUGGAAACGUAAAUUUCCUGUUUUCGUACGUGCUGCAUUCAGAAAACACAGCCCGCCCCCUUGAAACGUUGGAAGCACUCUGCCUGUUCAGCAGCUGCUCCGCGUAUGAAUGAUCACUUGUGUACAUGUGCCUGUCCACUGCGCUCCCCCUCUGCACAGAUGGAUAUUGCCCUGCCCCAAAUAAGCAUUUCGGUUUUUUUUUUGUUUUUUUUUUCGUAGUUACAUUUCAGAUGUUUUGGGGCUGUGGUCCCAAAUUCACACACUUAUCUCAGCUAGAAAAAAAAGAAUUAUAUUUGAGGAUCGCAUUUCUGAGGAGGAUAUUUUACAACUUAAGGAAAUGGUUCAAAAUAAAAAGGGAGAAAAGUGGGAAUGAGAAAAACCUGCAGAAAGAGAAAUCCCCACCAGACUACAAAGAGUCAUUCCAGAACGCUUCUUUUGUGUUGUACAGUGAUCCCUGCAGGAGUCUGUAGCCUGUCUGUCUCAUAUAACCCAGUGGUGGAGCCGUGUCAUGCUUUGGUCUGGCAAAAAGUCAUUAACACUUGUAUGUACCCACAUUUUCACAGUAACGUUAACCAUGAAAAGUACAAAAAAAAAAAAAAAAAAGUGCCGUAAAAAUAGAACCCUAAUAUUUUGUUUCCUGUGAGUGUACUGUAUUCUUGUAUAAUGUAUAUUUUAAUAUUUAUAAGCAGCUGUUGUAUUAAUAAAGUAUAUUUUUUAAAAUGC